UCUUGUAGAUCAGAGAGAGUUUGAAAGAGGGAGAGACAAGGCUGCUCUAGGGUUCUCUACACUUCCUGGUUCAGUUCUCACCCUCCGCUUCAGGGUUUUAAUCUCUCUGAUUCAUUUUGGGGCUUGUAUCUUUCGUCGAAGACUGUGACGAUCUGUGUGAUUAGGAAAAAAAUGUAUAGCGGAUCUAGCGAUGGCGAAAGCCACGACACAUCGACGCAGAGGAAGAUCCCGCCGGCGUCCUCGAUGCUUUGGGUUAGGAAUCUAAGACGGUACAUUGGUUCCGGCGCCGGUUUAGGAUCCGAAGCUCUAAUGGAGCUCGAGACUAAGAGAAUUUUGCUCGAGAUAUUCAAAGAGAAGCAACAGAAAAGCCAAGAAGCAGGCACCAUACCGAGCUUCUACAAGAAGAAACCAGAAGAAGGAUCGAUUAGUCAAAGGGUUCAAAGGCUUGCAAAAUACCGCUUCUUGAGGAAACAAGCGGAUCUUUUGUUAAACGCGGAUGAUUUGGCUGCUAUGUGGAAUUGUUUGAGAGAAAAUUGUGUGAUUGAUGAUGCCACUGGUGCAGAAAAGAUGAACUAUGAGGACUUCUGUCACAUUGCUUCUGUAUGUACUGAACAAAUCGGUCCCAAGUGUCGUCGGUUUUUCAGCCCAUCCAAUUUUAUGAAGUUUGAGAAGGACGAGGCUGGGAGGAUUGCUAUAUUACCGUUCUAUCUUUAUGUGAUGCGCACGGUGUCGCUUACACAAGCUAGAAUUGAUAUGAGUGAGCUUGAUGAAGACUCUGAUGGCUUUCUUCAACCUCUAGAAAUGGAGUCCUACAUUGGUGGUCUUAUCCCUAACCUGGCCCAACUGAGGGAGAUGCCUCCGAGCUUUACUCAAACGUAUUGCCGCAUAGCUUCACAAAAGUUUUUCUUCUUCUGUGAUCCCCAUAGGCGAGGAAAAGCCUGUAUUAAAAAGAUACUGCUUAGUAACUGUCUGCAGGAACUAAUGGAACUGCAUCAGGAAAGUGAGGAGGAAGUCACAGACACAGAACAGGCUGAAAAUUGGUUCUCUUUGACUUCAGCUCAACGUAUAUGUGAUAUGUUUCUUGCUCUUGAUAAAGAUAUGAGUGGAUCGCUGAGUAAACAAGAACUUAAAGAAUACGCAGAUGGGACCCUUACUGAGAUUUUCAUCGAAAGAGUGUUUGAUGAGCAUAUCCGUCGUGUCAAAAGCGGUUAUGGCAAUUCCCGGGAAAUGGACUUACCAAAAAAAAAUUCCCGGGAAAUGGACUUCGACAACUUCCUAGAUUUCGUUCUUGCUUUGGAGAACAAAGACACUCCAGAGGGCUUGACAUACUUAUUCCGCUGUCUGGAUCUCCAAGGGAGAGGCUUUCUCACCACUGCUGAUAUUCACUCUCUUUUCAGAGAUGUUCACCAGAAAUGGAUAGAAGGUGGAAACUAUGAGCUGUGCAUAGAGGAUGUCCGGGACGAGAUCUGGGACAUGGUGAAACCAUCUGACCCAUUAAAAAUCACUCUGGAUGAUCUCUUGGGAUGUAAACAAGGUGGAACCGUUGCGAGCAUGCUUAUAGAUGUGCGCGGCUUUUGGGCUCAUGACAACCGUGAGAACCUUCUUCAAGAAGAAGAAGAACCUCCGGAGGAAGAGUCGCAGUGAUUAUGUUAUUUUCUGUGUCUACAAAAAAAUGCUAAUCAUUGAGACCAGAUGGGUCGGAGAAAGACCAAGAGGCUCCUCUAGUCAUGAUGUAUCUCUGUGUAAAAGAAGCUUACUAGUUGGGUGACAUUUAAAUAUUUAAUUAUAUGGAAAAAAAUGACUGUUUAUAUUGUCACUUGUCUUCUUCUGAUUGGAAUCUGAUAUUAUUGAGAUCUCUAAGUUUCUUUUUCUUU